UACGACUCGUACCUAUUUAGUAGUUAGUAUAGCAGUGUCAUCCAAACAAAAUGAUCGUCGAAAUUAUAGUCUUCCUUUUGACUGCCAUCCUUGCGUAUUUCCUGUACCUGUACAAAUGGGUUCACCACUAUUUCGACAAAAGGGGAAUAAAGUAUUUGCCCGGGGUACCGAUUUUUGGAAACAUUUUGAACUCCACGUUCCUGAGGAAUCAUCUGUUUGAUGAUCUGGAUAGGGUGUAUCAAGCAUUUCCAGGAGAGAGAUAUGUGGGCUACAUAGAGGGCACAAUGCCGAUUCUAAUAAUACGAGAUCCGGAGCUGAUAAAGUCCAUCACGAUUAAGGACUUCGAUCACUUUGUGGACCACAAGGAGUUUUUCUCUGAGGAGGUGGAGCCGCUGUUUGGAGGCAGUUUGAUUAUGAUGAAAGGUGAAAGAUGGCACGAUAUGCGCACUACAUUGAGCCCCGCCUUCACCGGCUCAAAGAUGAGGAAGAUGCUGCCGUUUAUGACGGAGAUCAGCAGCAACAUCGUUAACCAUUUGAAAGGGCGUAUCGAUGAAGACAUCGACGUUGAGGAUCUGAUUCGUCGCUACACGAGUGACGUCAUCGCAUCUGCGGCGUUCGGGUUGCAAGUCGAUUCGGUGAAGGACAAGGAAAACAAGUUCUACAAGGCAGGCCAGAAUCUGUUCAAUUUCAACGCCUGGCAACGAUUUUUGUUCUUCUUCACUGCAGUGUUCCCUAACUUGUCAAAGAAAAUCGGCAUCCAGAUAUUUCCCGCUGAAACAACGGACUUCUUCAACCACCUUGUGUCCAGUACAAUGGAACACCGAGAAAAGAACAAAAUAGAAAGGCCCGACAUGAUACAGCUGCUGAUGGAGGCUUCCAGAGGUGCAUUGAAGGCAGACAACGAUGCAGGCGAUACUACCAGCUCUCCUACUGACGACUCCUUCAAACCGAAAACAGUACAAAGACAGUGGACUCAAACUGAACUAGCGGGUCAAGUGUUUAUUUUCUUCGUCGCCGGUUACGAAAGCUCCGCUACUGCCCUAGUAAUGUGCGUCCACGAACUCGCCCUCAAUCCUGAUAUACAGGAGAAAUUGUACCAGGAGAUCAUACGCUUCAAGGAGGAACACGAACAAUUAACUUAUGAAAAUAUUUCCACGUUGAAAUACUUGGAUGGUGUGUUGAACGAAACGCAGAGGAAAUGGGCUGCGGCUCUUAUAAUGGACAGGGUUUGCAAUAAGCCUUAUGUACUACCCCCGCCCAGGGAAGGAGGGAAGCCAGUGCACUUAAAGCCAGGUGACAUUGUUUACAACCUAGUGAAUUCCAUUCAAAUGGACCCGCAGUAUCACCCCAACCCGACCAAGUUUGACCCGGAAAGGUUCAGUGAUGAGAACAAGCACAACAUGAAACCUUUCACCUAUAUGCCCUUCGGAAUGGGACCUCGGAAUUGCAUUGCCUCGAGGUUUGCCCUAAUGGAACUGAAAGUCAUAAUCUUCGAUAUGGUUUAUAACUUUAGGAUCGUGAAAUGCUCAAAGACCACCGAUCCAAUUGAGCUGAAACCACACCCCUUUAACAUUCAACCCAAAAAUGGAUCCUGGGUGGGAUUGGAACUCAGGGCUUAAGAUCUGCUUUGGUG